CUUCUAUGCCGAAACAGUUUCACUGUGUCACAGUGGCGUUUUUUUAAGCGUCCGCUCUGAUAUUAUAAUUGAGGCUUAUCGAGAAUCGGACUCGAUCAGUCGAACAGAACCAAGUUUCGAGAAGGGAGAACGAAACAAAGACGAAAGACAAAACGCACUAAUUGCAAACAGGAUGAGUGAAGCCACCCGUUUGUCAAGCCGCCUGGGAACCGCAUUAACUGAUUUCACAAGGAACUCUUGUGGGAUGCAAGACGUAACUUCUCGUAUUCGCCCUUCAAGUUCGUCCAAAGUAGAAUAGACUUUGCUCCUUUAAUCGCAGAAUAUACACACCAAAAAAAACAAAAAACAAAAUGGAGACAAAUAUUACAACAUAGGAAUAAAUUAUGAAGGUUGUUAAAAUAGGGACUUACUUUUCAAUCACCCUGUAGUUUCACACAGAGCGAAAACAAUAAUAACAAAAUACAAAUUUGAUCCAUUUUCUCAACUGCUUCUCCUCAUUAGGGGCACAGGUGAGCUGCCACUUGUACUAUUACGGAUACGACUUACUGCUACUACUAGCUUUACUACUAGUAGUAUUAGUAGCCUCCUUCUGCUACUGAUGAUGGGACACUAACGUCAGUCGGCAAACCAGCUCCUUUGUGCAUUAUCGCCAACAACUGGGCGAAAGUGUGGCGCAAAAGUUUCUCUGGUUGCACAUGUGCGAUUUAAUGAAAAACAUACUCGCGAUGUCUCCGAUUUGAGGGUGCAGAGUGUGACUAUUUAGUCUGGAACCCUGCAGCGAGCCAACUCUCUACUCUCAUUCGUUGAUGUCGCUCGCCAGGCCGCGCCCCUCCCUUUAAAGCCAGACACACACAAAGUCACAAAUACUACAGUAGAACAUGAGGACGGUGGCCCCAAGUGGGCAAAAAUGGUACCUGCACCUCACAUGUACACGCUAUUGUGUUUAAUCAUCCCAAAUAAUUUUGUAUCCGAUUAAUCGAUGGGAUAAUCAUUACAAUAAUCGAUUCUAAAAAGCAUCCGAUGGCUGCGGGCCUAGCGGGCUCCCUCUAGUGCUACGCCAAAGACUUUAAAGUCAAAAAUAUUUGCAUCUUUGUUUGUUAGUUAAAAAUAAUUGAAUUGAAUCUUUGUUGUCAUUUAGGUACAAUUAUUGUGAAACAUGUAUGUGCGCUCACUACAUUAUAAUGAUCAUUAUUUGAUUCUUUUCAGGGUUAUUUUGAAAACUAUGUCUGCAUCGUGCUCCAUUGGUGGACAAUAAUAUUCAAUAUCCUUUUCAAUCAACACUUGAGCCUUCUGCGCCACCCUACUUUAUAAGUAAUCCAAAGUGGCCCCUACUAGCGGUGGCAAAGGGAAGUGCAGCACCCCAGGGGGGGUGGAGUGGGAGGCGGCAACCUGCAGCGAGCAUCGUCGCUUGUCGUCGCUCCUUCCCGUUAUGUGUUUAUCGUGUGGAAGGAGCACAUAAGGGGACGAGGGGAAAAUGGAGAGUGAGUGCCGAAGGAGGUGGAAGGCGAGCUUCGCCCUGAGGAGAGACAUCUUGAAGGAGUUCCUGGCGGAGUUUCUGGGGAUAUUUGUCCUGAUACUCUUUGGAUGUGGUUCAGUGGCCCAGGCUGUCCUGAGCAAGGGGGCUCUGGGGGAGCCCCUGUCCAUCCACCUUGGCUUCGCUCUGGGACUUAUGAUGGCCGCCUACAUUGCAGGAGGGGUUUCAGGAGCCCACGUGAACCCUGCAGUCACCCUGGCUAUGGUGAUGCUGGGCAAGCUAUCCUGGAAGAAGUUCCCCGUGUAUGUGGCCGCACAGUUUUUAGGGGCUUUUGCUGGGGCCUGCUGCGUCUAUUUGUUGAAUUAUGAUGCUUUAAUGGAAUAUAGCAAUGGCGAAUUUAUCGUGACCGGAGAGAAUGCCACAGCUGGCAUAUUUGCGUCUUAUCCUGCGAAACAUCUCUCCACGCUCAAUGGAUUCCUCGACCAGGUGGCAGGGAGCGCCGCGUUGAUCCUGUGCAUCCUGGCCAUAACGGACUCGAGGAACAUUGGCGCUCCCAAGGGCAUGGAGCCUCUGUGCAUCGGCCUGAUCAUCCUGGCCAUCGCCGUGUCCAUGGGCUUGAACUGCGGCUAUCCCAUCAACCCCGCACGAGACCUCAGCCCGCGACUCUUCACCGCCGUGGCGGGAUGGGGGGGGGAUGUCUUCAGGGCUGGAGGUUGCUGGUGGUGGAUCCCUGUGUUUGGACCCAUGGUCGGCGGCGCAGCGGGAGCCGCUAUUUACUUCCUCUUCAUCGAGCUGCACCACGCCGAGCCCAAACAGCAGGAAGAAACCAAUGGCCAGCAAAAGUAUGAAAUCAUAACUUUGACUUAGAAACAUACAGUGUAUGGAAACAAAAAUGAACACCUACUUGCAAAGCAAGUCAAUGAAGAAAGGCAAUUAUAAUUAAGAAAACAGUAUUAUUUGAUUUAAUGCUUUACAAUACUGCACUGCUAUAUCGUUGUUAUUCAUUUUUAAAAAUUGUUUAAUUGAAAAAAAAGGAACAUAGCACAUUUUAAAUAUUUGUUUUAAUCAUGGAAGUUACUCGUAAAUCUAAAUAAUUUACAGGUGUUACCUGCUGUGAACGGAACAUAGACACGACUUUUAUUAUGAUGACAAUUUAGUAGGAAAAUUGCACUUGCAUGUAGUUCAUGUGUAUGUGCAGGGUGCAUUUUGUCUUUGUAUUCUUUGCUGUUGACAGUAUUAUGAAACUAGCGAGCAUGAUCAUUAAAUAUACUGGACUUAGCUAUUACAUACAUGAGCUCUUAGAUGUAAAUUUGGUCAUGUCAGGUACAGUGGAACCUCCACACAAUCUGUUCAAUUCAAUUUUCCACGUUGGAAAUAAUGCACACACACACACACACGCACACGAAAAAAACACAAUGGAGUAUAAUAUAAUUAGAACUAAGGAAACAAACAGAGAAUUAAAAAAAAAAAAAAAAACACAAAUCUUAUGGAAAAAAAAAAAAAUCUUAAUUUUAUUUUGGAGACCAACGCGGCCUGUGCGGCGUAAUGCACAUGCCAGAACCCGCCACUGCGUACAGUACACACGUUAGUGUCAAGUUAGUCACUGUGGGGAAUAAAAUACAAAUUUGGCAUUUUAUUGGCAUUGCUUAAAUUAAUUCCGCUUUGUGAUAUUUAAGGAAUUGUCUUGAUCAUGUUGUAUUGAACAUGUUGUAAAAAUGUUGUAUUUUCUUUUUUUUGGGGGGGGGGGGGGGGGAGGUUCCAUUGUAUACGAAUGCAUUAUAGUCAUUAUGCCUCUUUCUCUCUCUCUCUGUCUCUCUCCCUCUAUAUAUAUAUAUAUAUAUAUAUAUAUACAAAUAUAUAUAUAUAUAUAUAUAUAUAUUUUUUUUUUAAUUUUUUUCUUUUCAUGUGUUCAAAUUUGUAUCGGUAGUUGUUUUUUUGUUUUUUUAUUUAUUUAAUGAUUAUUUGUUUGAAACUCUCGCCUUAAAUGAUUCUAUGCAUGUUCCUCUUUUUUUUGUACCUCAGUGCGCUCAAGCUAUAAAGUCAAACUGACAUCUAAAUGUUAUUGAUACUGUGUAAUUGUAACACUGUAAUGGUUUAUAUGUAGCGAAUAGAAUUCCACCAAAAGAAAGAUUAAACACACCCGUAUAUGGAUUGACCAACAGUAUAGCGUUAUGAAUUCCCUGAGUAAAGUUUGUAUUUUAUUUUUUUUUUAUUUGCUGAGGAGAGUUGGCACAUAUAAAGUCACUUUAUGUGUCGGCUACAGUUGUCCAUUUGCAGGUACAUUAGCCGCCAACAAAACACUCAGCAGAAGCAAACAAGAAUAGACCAACUUGCCAUUUAAGCUCUACAGACCAUAAUAAUGCAAUAGUCCAAAUGUGGCUCGGAAUAACCUCAUUAACGGGAGCCUUAUUUAUAAAUGAAUGCACUUAACGGACAUUUAAAUAAAGAAUCAAGUUUCAAGGUUCAUAUUUAAAGAAUAUCAUACAGUAAUGGUGUUGUAGUCAUUUCUAACCCAGAAGGUUAAAAGCUCGUUUGGGAAGCGUCCGAUAUUAGCUUUAAAGACUCAUUAACCCUCCGUGUUUGUUUCUUUGGCACACCAAAAAUGUUCCCGGGUCAUUGUGACCCGCUGCAUGUUUAACCAUCAUUUUUUCCCACCCCAAAAAUGUCUUUUAAAAACAUUCGAUAGCUGCAGCGCAAGUCUAAUGCUUUCAUUAUUGUCUAGUAUUCCACUAGCAUUCAAAUAUGUAAUUUUUUAAAUAAUCAUAAUAAAUUACAGUUUUUAUUUCUUUAAAAAAUAUAACUUUAAUAUUGUGCAUUUAUCCUCAUAAUAAGGAUUUUUUGUUUCCUGUUAAAAAAUAUGACUAUGCUUUUAUUCUUUAAGUUUAUUCUCAUGUUUCAUCCCUCCUAAUAAGAAUUGUCGUGAUAUGUCAACUUUUUUUUCCCUGGAAAAAUACAAUUUUAUUUCAUGUUAUUCUUUUAAUAUUUCUAAUUAAUUCUCCUAAUUGUAUUGUAUUUCUUUCAUCUUAAAUAUACCAUUUUAUUCUCAUAAUAUUCCAAAUUAUUCUCGUAACCGCAGGUUUCUUAUUUCAGAAAAUUCAACUUUAUUCUCAGAAUAUUUUUGUGUUCUUGUAACCUUACGUGUUUAUUCUUCUAACAAAAGGAAAACAAAUCCCCUGAUACUAAUCCUUUAUUUGCUUAACAUGGUGAGUUGUUUGUAUAAGAAUACAGCUUUAUUCCUGGACAAUAGUUUAUUAUUUUAGCAUUACAUGUGCUGCACAAUAAAGUAUACAUCUUCAGGAGUGUGUCCAUGACGGAUGUGUCAAGGGCCUCCACACCGUUGCGCUAUUGAUGGAUGCAUUGAACAGCAGUGGUCCUAAGAUGUAACCUUGAGCAACUCCCUCAAGGCAAAGUCACUAAGUAGGCAGUAGGACUGAAUCCAUUUCAGGACAUUAACAGACGCUUUGAAAUGUGUCAAGCAAAAAAUCUUUGGACAGCCUUUGGCGCCAGUAGGCUAACGAGGAAGCUAAGAAGUAUUGUAUAUUGAUGCGCACUUCAUUUGUAUGUGCUGCUGUUAUGUAAAGCUUAUAUAAGACCAUGGGGAAUGGAUUAAGAGUACGGUUCAGUAGUCCCGAAAGUGCAUCCUCAGCUCAUUUUAUCGUAACAACCUGACACUAUAAGAGCUAUUGCAGUAUGUGUGAGCUGUCCCUCACUAUUCUUUCUUGGUAUUGGAAAACUUUAUUGAUAUAUUUAGUCAAUUUCAUCCAUCCAUCCAUUAUCUGAGCCGCUCAUCCUCACAAGGGUCGCGAGCAUGCUGGAGAGGCGAGAGGCGGGGUACACCCUGAACUGGUCGCCAGCCAAUCGCAGGGCGCAUAGAAACAAACAACCAUUCGCGCACACAUUCACACCUACGGGCAAUUAACCCACCACGCAUGUUUUUGGGAUGCGGGAGGAAAACGGAGAAAAGCCAACAGACAUUUCACAAUGUUCAAACGACUGCUACUUGAACACACACACACACACACACACACACGCACGCGCGCGCACAGCAGCAACACAAACAAAUAACAUACAACGAUAAAUAAAGAGCAUACAGUAUAUUCUCUGCUCUGUGGGAAGAACGACUCUUACAGCAUCUUAGUUCUUCGCCUUCUUUGCCUCUUGUCGCUCUUAAUUAUACUGCAUCGAGAUCUUAAAUCAUCCUUUUCUGACUUAUUUAGUGAAAUUGGAUACCGAGGCCCGGUGGUUGGAAAUCACCGAUCUUGACAUUUAAUUGAAAAUAUUGUUCGGAUGAAUUUUUCUGCCCGUGUCUGUAGUGGUACUGAAAUUAAAAAAUGCAUUCAAGUCUCAAGUCUCGAGGUUUCCUGCUUGUUUGCUCAAAUGUUUUUCCCCAUUAAAAAAAAAAAAAAGGAAAGAACAGAAAGGAUACUGCUCGUUUCUGUUUCUAUUUUGCAUUUGACUAUGUAUCAAGCCACUAAUGUAAUACACAUUGUGAUGAGUGUGCUGAAAAUAUGAUGAAGAGCUCUGAUCAGCUCAAAGCAACAAUAAGUCAUCAGAAAUGAUUGUUUUGUUUUGACUUUAUCACUGUUCCCGUUUCACUAACGCAGACUGUCUGUGCUACGUUUGAUCAUUUCAGUGCGCUAAAAAAAAAAAAAAAAAAUGUCAACAACUCCGGGAUGUAGCGUUAGCACUGACGCUAGUGCUAAUGCAAGAUGACGGUUUCCUUUCUGGUCCGCUGUUAUCGCAGACGGCGGAAUGAGGUGAUAAAGCGGUUGCCUUGGCAACGACAGUCGUCCUUUUACAGCCUCACACAAUGCUUUGCUCCAAUGUGAAGUGUAACAGGGUAAAUUUACUGCCCCCUCAAAAUAACGCAACACAAAGCCAUUCAUGUCUAAACACAGAUUGCACACUGAGAGCGUAAAUUUGUGAAUAAAGCGAGAAAAUGUCUUUAUUUCUUUUUUCUUUUUUUUACUAAUGCAAAAUAUGUGCCUGGUCUCAAUAAAGGUUGGGAAACGUUGCAGGAGACUAUUUGCUACUGAGUUUUUUUUUUUCUUUUCUUUUUAAGUACAUGUAACUGCUUAUUAGAGUACAUGAUAUAAAAUGAUUUUUCUCUUGA